AUGCUUGAAUCCAAAGCACCAGAAAACAAUCACGAUACCAUUUACGAGCAGCUGUUUGAGAACAAUGACGUGUCUCGUUGUGUCGAUGACAAUGAACCCUUGGUAUUAGACGCCAUGGAUCCCAACUUGUCUAUCACCUUUACAGAAUUGCGCACCAAGGUGCGUUCAUUAGCCGUUGCUUUGCGACAAGCUCCUUUCUUUCUUGAAGAAGGCGACGUGGUUCUUUUUUGUACCAAAGAUCAUGUCGAAUGCUCCAUUGCCCUGUUUGGGGUUACUGCUGCAGGAUGCGCUGCUUGUAUGCUCCCAUCGAUUGCCCCUGUCAGCGACAUACAACGUAUUGUUCAAUCUACCAAACCUAAAGCCAUCAUUGCCCAUCCAGAUACAAUGGAUAAGGUCAACAAGGUUGAUAAUAAUAAGGAUGAUGGCAAUCCUAUACCUGUAUUAGUGAUAGGUGGCGGUGAAUCAACAAGCAUUCCUAACGCAAGUCAUCUUUCGCAAUGGUAUACAGCCCAUGCCAACAUUGAAUCACUGCCUCGCGUACAUCCUGAUACCUGCGCAUUUCUUAUAUUGACAUCGGGUACGACAAGUAGUCCAAAGCUGGUUCAGAUCUCCCAACGUGGGAUGGCAGCACGCAUUCGACACGCACAAAACAUGCCACGCUCGCUCUUGUUUCCAGAGGAUGUAAAACCAGCAGGCUUUGUCAUGUCCCAUGUUGCAUUUUCAUCUUGGAUUAUGAUAUGCAGCAAUUGUACUUGCCUUGGUGUGCCACAUUAUGUGGGUGAUUUUUGGCGUAUACAACCCAAUCUUGAUACCAUCUUGCGCAAGAUUCAAGAAUUACGUAUCACGACCUUUUUCCUUUUGGAUGCUCGAUCCAUGACUCGCAUUGCAGCUAUGCAUGAUGAUGAUGAUCAGCAGCUCAAAUAUGACAUGUCGAGCCUGUGUGCCAUCUACACUGGAGGUCAAACCAUCCCACAAGAUGUACUUCAAGCUACUGCCAACAAGCUUCAAGCUACCAUCAUGAGUGCGUAUGCUGCUACAGAAGCUGGAGUCCUUUUUACAUUGGGUUAUGCAAGCCCUUCAACCCUUGCUCAGCCAUUGCCUCGCGAAUCGAUACCUGCCGAAAUUAAAUUGGUGAAUGAGCAAAAUCAAGAGGUGCCAGUGGGAGAACCAGGCGAACUUUUAGUAAAAAGCAGCAUGAAUGCAAUGGGAUAUCAUGGGCGACCUGAUUUAACAGCUGAGAACUUUGACAAGGAUGGGUUUUAUCAUACAGGUGAUAUAUUCACGGUGAAUGAGGAUGGUCAAUACACCAUGCUUGGACGCCAUGCGGAUGUCAUAAAGACUGCAGAUGGUCAUUUCUAUCCUAAAUCACUCGAAGACAUCUGUAUGGAGUUCCAAGGAAUCAAGCAAUGUGUCAUUGUUGGCGCUUUCAGUACCAAGCAUGGUCAAGAGUUACCUCGUGCCUACAUUGUUCCCAUGCCAAAUGAUCGGCAUAGGUUUGAUGAAGAACAAAUCGAGCGAUUGAAAGAGCAUGUCAAGGCACGAGUACCCUUAAAAUCAAUGGCAUUGGAUGGCGGGAUCAAAAUUGUGGAUGAACUUCCAAUAGCCCGUAGCGGCAAAGUGGAUCGAUACAAGCUACGAAAGAUGGCUCAUGAAGAAUUGGAGAAUGAUGUCUAA